AGCGGUUAAAAGCGGGCAAAAAAGGGGAGGGGCGCCGCGAGCGGCAGGCAGACAGGCAGGCAAGCCCAAGCAAGGCGGGGGCGGAGCGCGAGAGGCGACGCGACGCGAGGAGAGCAGGCAGGGUUGCUGGCGGUGGCCUGCCAUGGUUAUAAAAAGUAACGGGGCGCGGCGCGGGUAGAAACCGGAAGGCCCGCGGCUCCCCCAUCUUCCCUCCCCGUCCCACACACCCCACGGCGCCGCCGCCGGCGCGGCGAGCUUCCUUCCUUCCCCCCGGUCCGCGCGGCAGGGAGGCAGGCAGGGCAGGGCAGGGCACGCUGCAACCACGUGGGGGGCGCGACUCGCCACCACCCUAUGCUCUGUCCUCUCCCGCAGGGUAAGAUUGCACCAGCGGUGAAUUUGGGAGCUUGAAUUGUUCAUCCGAGACAUGGAAAAAGUGGUCUGCCGGGCAUAUCUCCUUCAAUGCAAGCAGUUCUUUUCGAAAGAAACACUUGAUUGGCGUGCCUUUGCUCGUGAGAACACCCAUCUCUCCUCUCUGGUGAACUACACAUAGCGGCUAUAUGCUCCUCUAUGCUCAACAAUAAGCAGGCCGGUGCGAUCUUUUCCUGAAGUUAUAUUUCAAUGUAUGCCAGACAUCUACAUCACAUCAAAUCCUGAAAAGCUUCUUUUCAAGUAGAUGGUGAUCAUAUAAGUGGGGAUAUUAAUCUUUGCUGCAUUCAGCAGACAUCUCUUGCUGCCCUAGUUAGUUGUUUUGUUUUUGAGUACCAUUUGAGGUCAGGGCUCAAUCCUUGCUACAUUUUGCAACUCCAUACUAUGGUUGCAACAGGCUUGUAGUGGAACAGAAUCCCACACACUGAGACAAGAGAUUGCUCAGCUAAAACUUGCGAACACACUUGCGUUGGCUGUUCAUAUUUCUCUGGACUUGGUUAUUCUGAAGGGAAAAACUUGCACAAGGCAGCUGGGGUACCUAACAAUGGAUAGAUUCAAGUUGAUAAAGGAAGUUGGUGAUGGGACUUUCGGGAGUGUAUGGCGUGCUAUAAAUAAACAGAAUGGUGAAGUUGUUGCUGUUAAGAAAAUGAAGAAAAAGUAUUAUUCUUUUGAGGAAUGUAUGAGUCUGCGUGAAGUAAAGUCUUUACGGCGCAUGAAUCAUCCUAACAUCGUGAAGCUCAAGGAGGUUAUCAGGGAAAAUGAUAUACUUUACUUCAUAAUGGAAUACAUGGAGUGUAAUCUCUACCAACUUAUGAAAGAUAGGGUCAAACCUUUCCCGGAGUCUGAUGUCCGCAACUGGUGCUUUCAGAUUUUUCAGGCUCUUGCUUACAUGCAUCAGAGGGGCUACUUUCAUCGUGACCUAAAACCUGAGAAUUUGUUGGUUAACAAAGAUGUCAUAAAGUUAGCAGACUUUGGUCUUGCAAGGGAAGUCUCAUCAGUGCCACCCUACACAGAAUACGUCUCAACUCGCUGGUAUCGAGCACCGGAAGUCUUGCUCCAGUCAUCUGCAUAUGAUUCUGCAGUUGAUAUGUGGGCUAUGGGUGCCAUAAUGGCUGAGCUGUUGACACUCCAUCCUCUUUUCCCUGGCACCAGUGAAGCGGAUGAGAUUCACAAGAUAUGCAAUGUUAUCGGUAGUCCAGAUGAGCAAUCUUGGCCCCAAGGAUUGUCUCUUGCAGAAGCCAUGAAGUAUCAGUUCCCACAGAUCAAAGGCAAUAAACUAUCGGAAGUGAUGACAUCAGCUAGUAGCGAGGCAAUCGACCUCAUAUCAUCACUGUGCUCAUGGGAUCCUUGCAAGAGACCAAAGGCCACAGAAGUCCUCCAGCAUACCUUCUUUCAGGGUUGUACAUACGUUCCACCACCUGUCCGGUCGAAAGCUUCAGCACCUCCUAAAACUCCUCCAUGUGUUGGAGCAAAAGGAGUUUCAGAGAACAAUGUUGCUCGAAGAUACUCAACUGGAACUCUAUCCACGAUGAAAUCUCAUAGCACCACAUCCACAAAAUUAAAUAGUUUAUCUAAAACUGGUGUCCAAAGAAAACUUCACAUGGAUCGUCCGGCACCGCAGAAGAGUACGAGGCCACCAGAGAACAGCAAUAAACUAACUAUGAAUCGGGUACCAGCUCGGAAUAGCCCAGGGAAUCCUGUACUUAGGCAUUCACGCAGUUUGCCCGAAACUGGACGGGGAACAAUACAAAAGGUCUCGUCAAUUACAGAGAAACUAUCCCAUAUGUCUGUGACAUCCAGAACACGAAGCACUCUGAAGCCUGCUGUACCGAUGUUGAAGGCUGGGCAUGGCAAGUCGGACUUCCUCGGGAAGUCUGACGAUAUCCCUCCAGCAAAGAGGCUGACACGAAAAUUGGUCAGCUAAAUGAGGAGAUGUUGAGCUAAAAAUUGGUCAGCUGCAGGAGGGGUAUAGAGUAUACUGCACAAAACCAGUGUGCCGAAGAGGAUAGCAGCAGUGUGAUGGUUCCGUGAAUGUGCCAUCUCCCUAGUUUUGUUGCAUUCAGGCGACAUGCAUGGUAGAUUGGGUUGCAAAUUCCACUGUAGAGGGCUCGAGCCUGCUGACCUUACCCUCUUCUGGGCCGUUGAUAUGCUUUUUGCCUGCCUCGAGCUUGUCCCCCAUGUUUUUAUCAGCAUGAUUGUGCUAUUAAUUUGAAUUUGGUUUGUCAUGCGAUGUUUCUUGCGCCAGUCCUGUCAAACUGUUUGUUUAUAUGCACAUUAACAGUCUGUAAGUCCUUGGAGCCCUACAAGGGGAGAACAUAUGGUUUGAAUGUACAGUGCACAAGUUUUUUUGGUGAGCACGCAGUAUAGUAUCACUUUUGCA